CUGUCAUCGUUGUCAUCGAUAACCUACGCCCUGCGAGCGUAACCGGAAGACUUGCAACCCUUGCCAAGAUCUCGCCCUGUCUGUAUCGAUGACUCUUGAAGAUUGUCAGUGUACAUCACACCUCUGAGUCAUCCCGAAACCGGCCAUGGGGAGGUCUUUGGGCCAUUAUUUUCUGCCUCAGAUGCAUGUUUUGCAAGUCUCUCGCUGUCAUUGACCGACGUCAUGGAAUCUCACAACCACACUCCUCACGACGGAGAGAAAGCCGAAACACACAUCGACGCCCCCGCACCCGGCAUCAGCGCAUUUCCACUCGAUUCCACAAUUAUUGGAACAAGGUCAAAGCCAGAGAAUGCUCUCGGACGCAUACAGUCACAUAUCACUACCCACUCGCUCUCUGAGCCCGGCCCUCCUCCCGAUGGUGGCUUUCGCGCCUGGAGUCAAGUCUUCUGCGCAUGGCUAGCCAUUGUCAAUUCGUGGGGUUUUGUCAAUUCAUUUGGCGCCUGGCAGCCUUACUACGAAGCCAUACUUCCUGAACCCGCUUCAACAAUAUCAUGGAUUGGUUCUGUGCAGGCAUGUUUGGUGUUCGGUCUCGGCAUCUUCAGCGGCCGUGCGUUGGAUAGAGGCUGGUUUCGUCCCACAGUCGCUUUGGGCAUUGUGAUACAGCUCGUUGGAAUCUUCACCAUGAGCGUGGCACACACCUACUGGCAGAUUCUCCUGACACAAGGGUUCUGCACUGGUAUGGGUGGCGGCAUUUUCUUCGUUCCCAUCAUGGGAGUCUGCUCAACAUACUUUGCGAAGAAGAAAGCUAUGGCAUUGGGCAUAGUGACGAGUGGAACCGCCAUGGGCGGUGUGCUUUAUCCGCUCGUAUUGCGUCAACUAUUGGGCAAGGUUGGCUUUGGUUGGACCGUUCGGGUUUUGGGCUUCAUGAAUUUGACCAGCCUCGCUUUCUGUAUCGCUUUCAUGCGGCCGCGAUUACCCCCGAGGAAGACCGAUCCACUACUAGACUGGGCGGCUUUCAAGGACGCGCCAUACUGCCUACAAGUAUUGGGGACAUGCUUCAUGAUGCCUCCUGUAUAUUGUGUCUUCUACUACGUUGCUUCGUUCGCGCGCGAUGAGCUGGGCAUGUCCUAUAACGAGUCGCUCAACCUUGUCAUUAUCCUCAACGGCGUGGGUCUUCCAGCACGCGUUCUCCCUGGAUAUAUCGCGGAUCGCUAUAUUGGCGUACUCAACGUGCAGACAUUGGCUCUUUUGUUCAACGUUGUCAUGUUAUGGAUCUGGCUCUCCGUACAUUCCAUUACAUCAUACUACGUCUGGGUGGUUUUCUAUGGCAUGGGUGCAGGUGCUUUCCAGUCGCUCUUCCCCUCAGUAAUAGGGGCAUACAGUCCAGAUAUCAACAAAACUGGUACAAGGCUGGGAAUGGCGUUUACAGUAAUCGGUUUCAGCGCCCUUGUGGGAGGGCCAAUAUCGGGCGCGUUGCUCCGGGCUGGAGGCGGUGACUAUACGGUACCGAUUAGCUGGGCAGCCUCCAGCAUGAUGGUGGGUACGGCCUUGUGUGUGAGCGCGAGGUGCAUUAAGCAUGGUUGGAAGGUGUGUAUGCGAUGUUGAGCUGUGGUAUUCAGAGCCGAACCACACGCAGAUAUCGACCAUGAAGUAUAUACAGUAGGCAAUUGCAU